CCCACAGUCGGUGAGAUCCAACUAAGAGAGGAUGGAAAGUUCUACUUGGUGGCAGAUGGGUUUUAUCCCGAACAGAUGAAGAUUUCAUGGCAACUGAUUCAGGAACAAGCACGGAACAAGGGAAAGGAACAAGCAGGGAACAAGGGAAAGGCUCUGAGUUCUGAGCCGGAAUAUGGGAAUAAUCCUGAUGGAACGUACAGAGCCACAAGCGCCUGUCAGAUCCCCACAGGCAUAAAUAGGAAUAUUCCCUACACUCUCUGUGCCACCGUAGCGCAUGAAUCUCUCCCUCAGCCCAUUGUUACCCACAUAAAGCAGGCUGCACCCCAGAUAGUGGAACCAGUGGGAUUCACCCCAAUGCCAUCAGGGAACAUUCUCUGCUCAGUGCAUUUCAGUAAAUUCUACCCCAGGGACAUUCUCAUUAAGUGGGUCACUAUAAAGGAAAAAGGCCCAGAACUGAAGGCAACAAAGCAAAUCAUUCAGACUGACGGAGAAGAAACAUUCGAUGCCGUCACUAAAUGUGAGAUUCCCCGGGAAAAACUCCAACAUGGCGUUCGAGUCACUUGGGAACAUGAAUCCCUGGCGCUGCCUCAGUACAGAGACCUGCGGGUACCAGAGAAAGAGAUUGGGUCGGUCCAACCAUCCUCAGUACCAUCGUUAGAGCCCAGGGCAACUGGUUCUGCCACAGGAUCCGCAGGGGAGAGCAGCGCAGGCAAAAAACGCUGUCAAAGCACUUGAAUCUGAACAGAAUCCACAAUAGAUUUGCCAACAAUAAAAAGAAAGGGUUGAGCUGAUGGUAAAAUCCCAAACAAUAAAUCAGUUGUUAUUACUGGGCCAUUAUAUAGAUAAAUACAGAUAAAUACCAAUUGUGGGCGGGGCAGUCCCAGAAUGCUGUUGGGCUUGUGAGUUGCACUUUUUGGGAAUCACAUGGAUAAAGUUGUGUGAUUUCCUACACAGGUUCUUGUUAUUUUGUACCUGCAGCUUUACUUUCCCUUUAUUCUCUGCACUAGACACCCAGGCUGGUCACUCGCUGGUUAAACAGGAGGGUGUAUAAUGCAGCCCCCCAGCAGCUCCCCUGGCAUCACCCCCUCUCCUGUGAGUGGAUACAGGGGGGCAGGUAUAGCUUAGCAUGAGGUUGGAGAUACCCAGUGUGUGCGUAACAGAACCCGGUACUGACCCGACCCACAAACAUACUCAGCACUUGCACAGGAAAAGGUUAAACAUGACAGCUGUGUCUUUGUUCAGCCUUAUCUGCUAUGUGUGUAGCUGCCGAGGAGGCAGAAUAGGACCCAGAACCAGUAUCUGCUUAUACCCACCAAUAACCCACAACACCUAUGGAAUCACUAACUGCCACUUAUUGGCUCAAAGUACAUAAGUCAAUGGAUCCCAUAAGGGAAAAGAAAGGUUCCAUCCCAGAUCCCAGGGAUCAUCAGUCUGAUUGGAUGAACAAUAAUUCUGUCAUUACUGAUAAUAAUAUACAAUGCGCUGCAGGUCUUUCUUUCUCUGAUGAACCUUUAAACUCUGAAAUCAUUAAAGCAUUAAUUGUGCCCAUUAAACUUGUGAUACUGAGUGAUACUCAGCGCUAUAGGUGUCCCCCUGAUUAAUUACUUUCAGCCCUCAAUGUAGACAAUAAACAUGGUGCUCAAAUCUCUUGCUGCUUCUGCCAAAGAAAAUCCCCCCCUUGAAUGGAUAUUAAUCUACACAAGUUUGUUCGGCAAAUUACCCUUAAGUGACAUGAUUUGUUACGGACACCGGGUGAGGAGGUUAGAUCCACUAUGAGUAACAGUAAUUAAUUCGCUACUUUUAAAAAGAACAAUUUCUACCCUAGAGAGUCACAAGGGGAUCACAGUAGAAUGUACCAUAAACUAGUACAACAAGAUUUUGAUAACAUUUUUAAUAAUACUUGGGAGUCUAACAAUAAUCUCUCUCAGGGAGAAAGAAAUGCCUUACACACUUUAAUGGAUGAUGGGGUACCAUUAUUAUUAAACAAGCUGAUAAAGGGGGGGAUAGUCAUCCAAAACAGGGAGGACUAUUUUUCAGAGGCCAAUCGUAUUUUAGGGGAUGUUGACACUUAUGACAGAUUGCAUGUUGACCCCACUACCAAGUACCUUGCUGAAUUAGUAACAUUAGUGGGGGGAGCGAGACAUGCAGGUAUUAUACAGGACAAAGAAGCUGAUUUUCUUAUCACUCGAUUCCCUAGGCUGGCAAUUUACUACCAUCUGCCCAAGAUACAUAAAGAUCCCUUGGUCCCCCCAGGGAGACCUAUAAUUUCGGGUAUCGAUUCCCUAUCUAGUAACCUAUCUGAAUAUGUUGACCGCUUCUUACAAGAGGUAGUUAAGAAACAAAGGUCAUAUCUGAGGGAUACUAUGGAUUUAUUGAAUAAAAUCAAACUCAUAACUUGGAAGGAUAUUUAUAAAUGGGUCACAUGUGAUGUGUCUUCUUUAUAUACCUGCAUACCACAUGAUAAGGCCUUACAAUAUAAAUUACACACAGAGAGUACUCUCUCAGGGCCUUUUCAAAAAAUUUUGUUGGAAAGUAUUAGUUUUAUACUAACACAUAAUUACUUUGUUUUUGAUAAAUUAUUUUAUUUAAAGAAGAAGGGCCCCGCUAUGGGCAGUAAAUUCACUCCUUCGUAUGCGAAUCUUUAUAUGGCAGUAUGGGAAGAUGAGUUUGUGUGGAACUCUCCCAUAUUUAGUGAAUAUAUCAUCUUAUACACUCGUUACAUAGAUGAUUUGCUAUUCAUUUGGGACGGCCCCCUUGAAACUAUUGAUGCGUUAAUUAUACAUAUCAAUGCCAAUCCAUACAAUCUUCAGUUUACAACCAAAAUCAAUGAUAGCAGUAUCAACUAUUUAGACCUUACUCUAUUUAGUAAUGGAGACCGAAUAGAGACAAAGCUUUUUUGUAAAACUACUGAUAGGAAUGGUGUGUUACAUGCAUCCAGUGCCCAUCAUAAUAAGUGCAUUAGAAGUGCAUUAGGAAAAUAGAUUCCUAGAAAAGGGUUACAAAAAGUCAUGGUUGAAUGAAGCCAAACAGUUGGCACAGGAUACAAAUAGGAAUACUUGAAAAAAACCCUGUCGCACGGAUGUCACAUAAAUGUAACUUUUACACUAAGUUCAACACCGCGGUGCAUAGUAUUAAAAAGAUUGUACAAAAACAUUGGAAUGUUCUGACUGCAGACCCAAUUUUAGGAGAACACCUUGGGGAGAAACCGCAGAUCUAUUUUAAAAAAUCUAAAAUCUAAAAUUUGUUAGCUCCUUCAAAAGUAUGGGGCACUAAUGGUGAUAGGCAAUGCAUCAAUAACUUUGGUUUGAAGGGGGCAUAUAAAUGUGGCAAAAAGAGAUGCACCACUUGCUCUUAUGUAGCCCCCAAGUAAUUACAUAUAGAGGGGAUACCUACGGUUAGGGAAUUUAUUACCGUUCCAUUUUUGUGGUUUAUUUAUUGGGGUGUCCCUGUAAUAAGUGGUAUGUAGGGAGAACCAUCAGAUCCAUCGGUACUAGAAUAAGGGAACACAUACGUAAUAUUAAGUUAGGCAAAAAUAACCGUGGGGUCUCGCGACACUUUAACAUGGUACAUAAUUGCGAUCCCACUGGGCUGGUGUUUUUGGGAUUGGAACAAAUCUCCCCUAACAUCAGAGGGGGUGAUAGAUUUAUUAGAUUAUGUCAGCGGGAGACCUACUGGAUUUUUAAACUGAACACAUUACAACCUCAUGGCCUAAAUAUAGAGCUGGAUUUGGCAGCAUUUUAGUUCAGCUUUUGUUUUAUGUACAAUUCUGUGUUUUGUUUCAUUUUCACUUAUGAGAAGGAAAGGGGUGGAAGGAGAAAAGGUAAAGGGAAGUAAAAGGAAUAAAUGGGAAAGAGAAAAAGAGAGAAAACAAAAAUCUGGCCGGGGGGAUUCAUGGGAUUUGUAUGCAGCUCCUCUAUAUGGUGGGCGGAUCCCAAUCAUAUGGAUUAUGUCACUACUCCCUCCUCCUUUCUCCAUUGGUUUAUGUGAAUGUGCACCUAUGCUCCCUGGGGCAGCUGUUUCUCAUCGUAAUCACCAUUAUAUGUAUGGGAUUUGCCAGUAUAAGAUGAUGUUUUUAGAUCCCAUGUUUCUUUCUCCUGAUGAAGCGUCGGGCACGUGAAACGCGUAGAGCUGUUAGUGAUACGGUUUGUACUUACCCACAUACUGUGGGGAGCCGGUACUGCAGCAGCACUAUUUGUAAUAAAAGGGAUUACACUAUAUUCUGUUUUUAUCUUUUUUUAUGAAAAUUGUUUUUAUUGAGUUUUUUACAUAUAGGGUUCAUGUACAUUUUUGUUUUCUGUAUAAUUUUUCUGUACUUUUCAUAAAAGCAUACAUAUGUUUAUCAACAUUUUUGUUCCUUGCAGUUUACAGUUUAAUUAUUGAUUCUGUGUCUGUAUCUUCUAUAUGUUUCUCAAUUUAACAAAGUAGUCUUUGAUAAACCAAUAAAGCAUAAACAUGAUGACCCAC